AAAAGAAAAAGAACGGGAAUCGGAAGUCCUGAAAGCUAGGGUUCAUCCGGGUCGAUAUCUGUUUUCGGAGAAAUCCUGGAUUUUCUCUCCAAUUUCUACCGAAAAGUGCAUAUCUGGGUCUUGGGUUCAGCCGAGGAGUCAUAGCAGUCUGAUAGUUCAGAUGUCGGUAAAAGCAAGGAGAAUUUCCGGUAGGUCGGAGACUGUAACAGCUAAUUACGCAUUCGACCCAGCAGAAGAUGACGUAAUAAUAAGGAACAGGCUUCUCACCCGCACGACGACAACAAGGGGUGAACCUCCAUUAAAAAAACUUCAGAAAAAGUUCACUUCUUUAGUACUAGAAAUAGAGAAAGAUGAAGAUAACUACAAUGAGUGUGGUAAGCUUGCCAAAGCUUUCUUACAGGAACUGUCGACUUUCGAGAUUCCUCUCCUCAAGAGCCAAGCAAUUGUUGCAGCAAACCUUAGGGAGAAGGAGAAUUUUAACGAGUUGAAGGAUGAGAUGAAUAGGCAGAUAAUGCAGGCACAAGCUGAUAUAGAAGAUCUUAAGAAACAGCUCGAAGAGAGCAAAAUAGAGAGACGGCAUAAAGAGGAGUGUGAGGUCAUUAGGAAACUGAUAUCUGCACAACCACCGAGAUCUGAGUCAGAAAAGAUCAUACAUGAGUUGGAGAAGGAGAUUGCAGAACUGGAGGCAGAGAACACAGCAAGUUGGAGACUCUUAGAGCUAAGGAAGAAGCAGUUUACACUACUGUUGCAUGUGGUGGAGGAGUUGCAGAAUACAAUAGAAGAGGAGCAGAAGAGCUUGAUGGAGGAGCAGAGGAGCAGCGUAGAAGACACGGCCAUGUCUGUGGAUUAGUUCCCAGUUUGCUGAGACACGGUUUUGUAAUCCGAAUGCGAAAGUAAGAUAUAAAACUCCACAUUGUCGAAUGUAUCUUCUUUGCUUUGUGCUUGUUCUGUUGUGUCACGGAGAAGUUGCAGAAACCCGAAGCUCUGGUUGAAGAACUGAGAAACAGAGAUGGGUUUAUUGGAACAUCCUCUACUUGUACUCUUUUGUCUUUUUUACUCGAGAGACUUGUCUCAUAUUGUUUUGCAAGUGAAAAUCUCCAUCUUAUCUAACACCGGUUGUUCUUUUU